AGGACGGGAGGACUGAUGCUAUUACUCAUAUAUAUGUACUUCAUAUGCCUACUUCAGCUGCCCAGGAGUAGUAUUUAUUACUUUUGCCUUUUUCCGAAUCUCCAAAUUAACACCAGUAUUGUCGUACGCUUACAUUCCCAGCGCCCACCCGUACCAGAUGAUUUCACGCGAAUCGCCUAUAAACAACUCAUGAGAACUUAUACUCCUUGGAUGAAUGUAUAUGCCGAGCUUUGGUGGCUGUUGUUAAGGGAUUGGCGGCGCAUGGCGGGUUGGGUGUUGACGGUGUGUAUGGGAUGGCGAUGAAUAGUAUCCUCGAGAUAGAGAUGGCCCUGUCCACAGGGCGGACGAUGAUAUGAGUAGAGACAAGGACAAGGAUCUGUUAGGGCGAUAGGUAGGAGGCGGCUUCAGUGCCGUGAGUGACGAGUCUGUCCUGCAUGGCUAUAUACAGAAGGAGAUGAGAAGUUAGUUUUGUGAAAAAAGAUCUAUUAACGCGUGUUGGAGUUUAUGAUAAAGUGCUAGCCAUAGAACCAGGCCAAGGCAGCAUUGCGUAUGGUUUCCACAUUCCCUUCCG